AUGGCUACCGAGGACCUCACUCCUGAUUACAGCAUCCUGUCUGGAAUCCCUAUGAUAAAGAAUUCCGUGUCUGACUUGGAGAACACAUUCAAAGAAAAAUGCAACGUUAUCUCGAGUAACUUCACCACUUGUACCUUUGGCAUCCACCUGGACACCUCCCCCGCUGAGUCUCCGCAACAUGUUCUGGUCCGCCUAGAGUCUUCGAGCGAUCAUUUCGCGACAGUCACUGCUAUACGGAAACUCGCCAGUUCCCAGUUGCCUGACCUUGUACCCCAGGUUCUAGACGUUGGCACAACCUUCACAGCGCAAGGACAGCGGAUUGAAUAUUCGGUCACUGAAUUUGUCUCCGACGCUGUCACACUCGAGCAAGAGUGGGAUAAGCUUGAUGGCCCUGCCCAGAAGGAUUUGAUGAACUCAAUUAUUGCCGCCAUAUACAAGCUGCAGACUCUCACCCUGGAUAGUGACCACUCCCGCAAGUUCUUGGAUGGGACUCCCUACUACUGCGACGGGAAGGUGUCCUUGAUUGGCGGUCCAGAGCUUGGGUAUCAUGCCGAUAUGAAAGAAUUUCUAGCCAAGCUUGCGGGUGAUGCUGCGCCCGACAAGACCAACUUCAGUGCUACCUCGUCUUCCAACAGCUUCGUCGUGGAGUCUCGAUUGGAAAAUGUGGACCGGGUUGAAUUAACCAAGGCUGACUUGGUCGAACUCCAAAAGCAUGUUGUUUUUUGUCACGAUGACCUCGAACCUCGCAACAUCCUCAUUAAGCGCGAUAGUACCCAAAGUGGCACAUGGCAUCUAGCCGCUAUCAUCGAUUGGGAAAUGGCUGGCUUCUUUCCUUUUGCAUACGAGUAUGGCCACAAAGAUGCACAACUAGGGUUAUGCAGUCUGCAAUUCAGUUACUACGCACUCUUCAAAGAACAAUCACGACAUUUGUUGGCCGGGGGUAAAUCGGCUAUCAAACUGUUGGAGGCGCUUCGGGUGAUGGAUGUGUCAGAAAAGAGUUGCCCAAUAGAGAAUGUCGGCCGACGGUUCCAACCACGGUGGCUGGAGAGGGAAAAGGUUGAGUUAUCAUCGGAUGUUCGAGUUGGAUGGGUCCGGAAAGCAAAUGCUAGAGAUGUUGACGUCUUUACGAAACAAGACAACGAUGAUCUUGAGAUGGAAAUCCUGAAGGAACUGGGAUACGUCUGA